AUGGCAGCAGCAGCACUGAGGCAGGUUUGGGCCCGAAAACUCCCAGUCCCUUGGCUUCUAUGUAAUUCCAGAAGAUGUGUCUCUUCCAGUUUCAAGGCUGCAGACCUGCGGUUGGAAAUGACCCAGGAGCCUCUUAAGAAGCCCGAGCCCACCGAGACCCUGGUGUUUGGAAAGACGUUCACCGACCACAUGCUGAUGGUGGAAUGGACUGGGAACAAGGGCUGGGGCCAGCCCUGCAUCAAGCCCUUCCAGAACCUGACGCUGCACCCGGCCUGUUCAGGCCUCCACUACUCCCUGCAGCUCUUUGAGGGCCUGAAGGCCUACCGGGGCCCGGACCAGCGGGUUCGGCUCUUCCGACCGUGGCUCAACAUGGACCGCAUGCUGCGUUCGGCCCAGCGCCUCUGCCUGCCGAGUUUCGACAAGCUCGAGUUGCUGGAGUGCAUCCGCCGGCUGGUAGAAGUGGACAAGGACUGGGUGCCCACGUCCCCUGGCACCAGCCUCUAUGUUCGGCCUGUGCUCAUCGGAAACGAGCCCUCGCUGGGCGUGGGCCUCUCCACCAAGGCCCUUCUCUACGUCAUCCUCUCCCCUGUCGGCUCAUACUUCCCUGGAGACACCGUGACCCCCGUCUCCCUCCUGGCAGACCCCACCUUCGUGCGGGCCUGGAUAGGUGGGGUUGGCGACUGCAAGCUUGGCGGGAACUACGGGCCCACGGUGUUCGUGCAGCAGGAGGCGAAGAAGAAGGGCUGUGAGCAGGUGCUCUGGCUGUAUGGGCCGGACCACCAGCUCACCGAGGUGGGCACCAUGAACAUCUUCGUCUACUGGACCCACGAGGAUGGGGUGCUGGAGCUGGUGACCCCCCCACUGGACGGCGUCAUCCUGCCUGGAGUGGUCAGACAGUGCGUGCUGGAGCUGGCUCAGACCUGGGGUGAGUUCCGGGUGGCACAGCGAACAGUCACCAUGAAGGAGCUGCUGCGGGCGCUGGAGGAGGGGCGGGUGCGUGAAGUCUUUGGUUCGGGCACCGCCUGCCAGGUGUGCCCAGUGCACCAGAUCACAUACCAGGGCAAGCAACUUCACAUCCCCACCAUGGAGAACGGGCCUGAGCUGAUCCUCCGUUUGCAGAAGGAACUGAAGGCGAUCCAGUAUGGAACCAGUGCCCACGAGUGGAUGCUCCCGGUGUGA